AUGACAUUCAAUAGAAGUGCAUGCCAAGGGCUACCAUCUUGUUUGGAGCCCCUUAUCCUGGAAAAAUAUGUUCUAAUGCAUCAAUUGAUCACAUCCAAACAAGAAAACCACUUUGAAAAAAUUCAACGUGUCGGUAAAAGUAGAAGCUUUCCGGUUAUACGCGAAAAUGCUGAAGAAUUGAAUAAAUGGAACACUGUACAAGAUACUUCAAAUGAUUCUCAUCAUAGCGAUAAACCAAUGAGGAAUAAAGGGGAGCAAGUUUACGUGCAUCCUCUCGACAAGAGCUCGACUUUUUUUCCACUAGGCUCUAAAAGCCUUGAAAUGUGUACCGAGAGCUUAGGAAGCGAAACGGGAAGCAAUUUGUAUUCAAACGAGAGUUUUGUCACGAAUAAGCCGUCAAGAAAAACGCGAGAAUCGUGCAAGAAGACCGAUUUUCCACCUCCAUUGACUAUUAUAAAUGGGAAUGAUAAUAAAUGUGUGAAAAUGGUGAGUCAUCAUGAGGGCGGCAGGCUGGUGAUCAAGGCCUUCGUAUUUUCUUCGAAGUGGAGUCGUUUUAAAACCAAGCGCGAAAAUGGGAGGCUUAGGCUUUGUUUGGUGAAUGAGAAUGAAGAAGUUGAAGUUGAGAAAGAUUGUUGUUUAUGGAGAUGCAAUGGAAGUGAAUGUGGGAGUAAGAGAUUUGCUAGUUUGCCAUUUUGUGUGGCUAUCUCUUGA